CUUUAUCAUAUUUUUUUGAUCUUUUUUUUUUCUUAAAAAAAGAACUCCCAUAUCAACCUUCCUCUCCAUCUCUCACUCUGUUUCUCAUCUUUAAGCUUUUAUUUUAUUUUUAUCUCUCCCAAAAUUGUGAGCCUGCAAAUCCCUUCUAAUUUUGGUAAAACUCGAUACGCAAUCGUACGUCUCUCUGUGUAGUCCCAUACUAUACAAAAAAGGUAGUUAUGAACUGGUUACCAGAGGAGGAGUUCAAAGGUCUCUCGGACAAUUUCUUUGAUGAUUUCAUCAACCAUAUCGAUUUUCCGCUAGAAGACAUCGAUACCACCAAUGGUGAGGGAGGAGAUUGGGACGCCAAAUUUAAAGAACUCGAGCCUCCUCCCAUGGAUAUGUUCACCACUUUUCCCUCUGAGCUCAACUCUUGUGGCGUUGCCAGCAAGGCCGGGAUAAAGAAGAACGUAUCUGUUUUGUCUGAUGCUUCUGCAGCCUUGUCUGGCAUAAACGACACUCUUAACCAAUCUUCGUCACAUCCUGAUGUCAAAGUCUCUAAGCUGUUUCAGUCUUCAAGCCCAGUGUCAGUUCUUGAGAGCAGCGACGGUUCUUUCUCGCCACCAAACUCCACUUCUCUGAGAUUGACUUUCCCUGUGAAAGGCUUGAGAAGCAAGCGCAAACGCCCCACUACACUGAGACGUAGACACCUCUACCCGUUUGAGCCGGAGAAGUUAACCCCGGGGGAAUCCAAGUCCGAGACUUACUAUUCUUAUGAGAAACAUGCCAAGAAGAAACGAAAGAUUUUCACCACCAACCACACAGUGUCAUCCAGUUCAGAGGCAAUAGACUCUGAUGGGGUAGUCAGGAGAUGCACUCACUGUGAGACAACCAAGACUCCUCAGUGGAGGGAAGGACCCAAUGGGCCAAAGACCCUCUGCAACGCUUGUGGGGUCAGGUUCAGAUCUGGCCGUCUAGUUCCAGAGUACAGACCAGCUUCAAGCCCGACCUUCAUCCCAUCUGUGCAUUCAAACUCACACAGGAAGAUCAUAGAGAUGAGGAGUAGGGAAGGUGAUCAGUUUGGCAAGAGAGCAGUGUAGUUUUGAGUUUGGUCUCUGAAAGUUGAUGAUCCACAGAAAUGGGAACUCGCUGCAGGAAGAGAUGAUAUACAAAGUAGGGUGUUAGUGACUGUUUUAAAUAAAUUAAUGAAGAGAGUUUAGAGGUAUAUUAUUACAGUGUUGUUUUAUUAUGUAUCUUUUAUCUUAUACUGGUCUGUUCCAUUUGGCAAGCAGUACGUUUGCAGAUAAACAUUUGGCUUGACAACAUCAGAAACCUUAUAAUAAAAUAAAAGAGUAGAAACAGUUUUUUUUU